AUGUCUGUGAAAGUCCUGAGCACGGCGACGUUUGGACUCGGGGUAAAACCAAACCUACAGUCUCGACUCGUUCAGCUAUCGAUCGCGUCUGUAGUGAGGACAAGCUGCUGGUCACAGGCUCGCCCGUUUGUCAACGGGCGCGUAUUAACUCGAAGAUCUUCGUAUUUUGGAUCGAGUGAGUUCCUAGUCUCAUACCAAAACGUGUCGAUGAAGACCGACCGCGGUGGGUCGCGGAUUCGGAGAAAGUAA